CAGCUGUUUUUUUCGCGAAAAAAGUCGCAGCGUUCUUUGAUAAGAUAACAGAAAAUCCUCGAAACACCCAACAAACCGCAGAGCUUAAGCCCAGAAAGCCUAUGGCGGCGGAAGAUAGAACCCCGCCCAGUCGUAAAAUGUGAUCGGGCUGCGGCGGCAGGUAGCAGCGGUUGAGAACGCAGGAUUGCCAAGUUUUCAGUUGGAGCACCCCCACAGGAAAAUGUGCGACAGCGAGCUCAUCUGGCCCGAGAUUGGAGUGGAUCCUCAGCACGUGUGCGAGGCGGGCGGCGAGGGCAGGUUCCAAGUGAUCUGCGACAAGGCGUGGCUGCAGUCGCUGGAGCGGAAUAGGCGACUGACUCACUUUCCCAGUUGGCCGCUGUUGGAUCGCAGAGCUUAUCCCACGGGCCAGUUGGAGCACCCGUGGACGCGUAUUCUGGUGCAGACCUAUCGCAAGCAACCGCAGUCGAGGGUAUACCCGCUGCCCAGAGUCAAUAGCGACGGAGCCGCAUGCGACUUGCCCCUAUCCUACUCGCAGGCUGUGUCCUUUGUAGCCCACACCAACUUUAAGCAGCUGUGGGAGGAGGCUUACAAGAAGUACAGUGGCGCCCAUGUAAAGCUCUGCAAAUCAACGCCUUCGGCGCCGUCAUUAAAGCCGCCCAGUGGCCAGGGACAGCUUCAGCCGCACGAUGUAGUGCUCAAGGAGCUCAUCCAGCGGGUCUAUCAUUGCCCCGUAUUGCACUGUCAACUAGAUCGUGAGGGGAAUGGCGACGCACCCAGUGCUAUAACGAAUUCCAUAGGCAACUGUCACGCCAACGUCUUGCCCGCCUUGGUGGCCAUUGAGUCGUCCACGCACUUCAGCGUCUUUUUUUAUCCACCAGCCCUGGAAUGCAGCCUGUACGACUGCAUUACCUUCAGUCCGGCACUAUUGGGAAAGAAUUACAACAAGACACUUUUUGUGAUCUACCAGAUCCUGCAAUUGGCCAAGCAUCUCCAAGGACAGGGUCUCUUCCUGGGUGAUCUGCGUCUACAGCAUGUUGUGCUGCGUGAGAAUCUUUGGCUGCAAGUGCUGCCCCGCCUGCAGUGCAAUCUACUUCAGGAUGAUCCAGCGGGUGUAGACAUGUCCCCUUUAACUCCGCUGGACAGCGAGGAUUUGGGCGAGGCGAGGGACACACAGCAGCCUUUGCCCUCCAGCAGCACCGUCUUCGACCUGCGAUUCGCCUACGAUCCCGCCCACUUUAACCUGCGAGAGUACGCCGAAAUGUGGUGCAAUGGUCAGUUAUCCAACUUCGACUACCUCACCAUACUGAACAAUGCGUGUGGCAGAAGUCUGACCAAUGCCGCUCAUCACCACAUCAUGCCCUGGGUAACUGACUUCAGUGGACGCGGAGGAGCUACAUGGCGGGACUUAACAAAGAGCAAGUAUCGACUGAACAAGGGGGAUGUCCAUCUGGACCUCAUGUACUCACAUGCCAGCCAGCAUGGAAGCGCCGACGUCAACUAUCAACCUGUUGGCGAUCAGGCGCCUCACCACGUCUCCGACUUUCUUUCUGAGAUCACCUACUUUGUGUAUAUGGCCAGAAGAACGCCCCAGGCCAUCCUCUGCGCCCACGUACGUCCCAUUUGGGUGCCAGCGGAGUAUCCGGUGUCCAUUCAGCGUCUCCAGGAAUGGACGCCCGACGAGUGCAUUCCCGAGUUCUACUCAGAUCCGAUGAUCUUUAAGAGCAUCCACGAGGACUUGCCAGAUCUGGAGCUACCAGCCUGGGCCACCUGUCCCGAGGAUUUCAUUUGCAAGCAUCGAGAGGCCCUGGAGUCGCAGUACGUAAGCGAACGUCUGCAUCAUUGGAUCGAUCUCAACUUCGGAUACAAACUGAGUGGAAAGGCGGCGGUUAAAGCAAAGAAUGUCUGCCUUACUCUUGUUGAUCAGCACAGGAAUCUCAGUCAGCGCGGCAUUGUGCAACUCUUUGCAAACGCUCACCCUCCGCGUCGAUACGCGACGCCCUGGUUUAGCAAAACUGCUCCCAGGCUAAGCCAAAUACACCGCAGCCCCUUAAAGCGUUUGGCCAAAAGUACGGAGAACCUGCUAGCUGAGAGUGGCACAGGAUCAUCUCACCUCUCUUUGCGUCUUGGAGAUGAUGGAUCAAGUGGCUCUAUCCACAGCAGUUCCGCAUCUGCGUCAGCAUCCAACUUCUACGCAAUUACCAACUUCAUUGAACUGCCGGAGAACUACAAUCCUGCAUUGUUGCUACACAACUUGGAAACUCUAGAGACGUUUUAUGCCCGCACUUUCCCGCAACAGAGGCCGUCCGCCAAUCCCGAGGAGAAAAUGAUUAGCAGUGAUCUUCUUUUUGAGCAGAACUCAGCGGACCACUCCUUUACGAAUCAACUUUUUGCCAGUGGGGAAGAAAUCCCCACAAAGACGAAGAAUCUUCUAAGAGAAAAAAGGAACUGCCUUCAGCAUUUAGUAAGUGCCAGAAGAGAGCGGGACCUGCACGUCCUGGGAUGUCUCAUUGUGGAGCUCUUCGCAAUGCAACGUUUGCGCCCACUUCUAAUGGGAAAUGGUUUGACUGCCACCUUUGAGGCUCGAUUCUCUGCCUGCCGGACGGUGGCUGAGAUGUAUCGUCAGGAACUGCCCAAACCAGUGCGCCGAGUAGUGCGGCUGCUGCUGCAAUUGGAGGAUGCCGGAGAGGACGACCAAGGCCUUCCACGACCGCCAAAUCCCGGUCAGCUGGUGGAGCCCAUGUUCGCAAACUUGUUGCUCCCAUUUCCUAGCCACUACAUGGCUGUAUAUGCUCUUGUUAGAUCUCUUCACGCCUUUGAGGCUAAUGCAGUGCUGCUGGAGUUGCACACUCAUUUCAGUUGCAAAGGAGGAAGGGAGUGCGUCAGGUACACGGAGAUGGAUCGUCAGAGAGUGCUCUUUGAACGCAAAAUCGCCGAAUGUAAAGUCAUGUCGUGUUGUGCACAUGUAAAGAGACUGCUCGAACCUAUGGCUUUUGCGUAUGAGCAAUUUACCCCGGUUGAGUUGCUGCUACCACACAUCAUUGAUCUCUUGAGAGACGAACGCACAUCGAUCUUGACUGCCUGGAACUUAUUUGACCCCAUAGCUCAGGCCUUAGGAGUAUUACAAACCCAACAACAUCUGCUCCAACCAUUACUAAAGUUAUACGAUGUAGAAGGCGUCAGUUGCCAGGAGGAUGGUGGCGCAAAUGGCUCUACCAAUAGUGGUGGUCAUCUACGCUUUUCCGCCAGUAGUUCGUUUAAAUCCCGAAAAUCCGUGAAGCUUUAUCACCACAGUUUCCUGCUUCGCCUGAUUGUUCGCUUCGGACUCCGCUGUUUUCUGCAACAUUUUAUAGCACCUCUCAUAGAAGCAGUGGGUGGCUACAAGGAACCAGAGCAAGGAAAUGGCUAUCACUACCACAGUGGCGGAAGCAGAAGGACCAGUAAGAAUCUCAACUUUGCCCCGGAGGAGGAGGUUCAGCCGGCAGCUGAGCCUGAAAAUAAACCUGACAUCGAAGAGCUGUUCACAUUUGAGGACGAUCAUGACAGGGCGUCCACCCAGGACAGCAAGUCGAUUGACUCGUUUGACAUGCGUCCCAGCAAUAGUGCUGCCAGUGCAGAGGAAGCUCGAGAAUCUGAUGGAUCGCCGGAUAAACUUGUGAUCAAUGAACUCAUGUACGGAGCCAGACUAUCGCCAGAUAAGUUAUCAUUAAGAGAGGGGCAAACUCCUCCCGCUUUGCUUGUACCAAAUAUAGGACCCCGCUCGCCAACCAUCGAGAUUCCUUUGUGCCCAACUGCUGGUGGCAUUCGUCGCAGUUUUCAACUGAGCGCCAUCGACUGCGAUAUCGGCUCCCGAAAAAGUGUGGACAGCUUUGAACUGAUCAAUCAGGCGGUUGAACAGCUGCCCGCUCCAGCACUAGAACCAGAAGCGGAGACCGAGGCCUCGGAUUCCCUGCAAGCAUCGGUCAUCUCCAGGCUGUCGGAAGCUAAGGCCGUGCAAAACAACCGGAUCAGCGAGAUGAGCGCCGAAAGUCUAGUGUGGCUGUCGCAUCGAUUGGGACCGGUGCUCACUUCUCGGUUUAUUACCAGAAACCUUCUGAAAUUGCUAUCGCUGUGUUACGUGGGUCAGGAGAACCUGCUGCCAGAGGUGGACGACGGUGGAUUUAGUUCCAGCUUCGAUGCAGCUAACCUCAACUACUUCAGCAUUGCCAAUGCGAGAGUUGUGGGUGAUCGGAGUGCGGCUCGAGUUCUGGAGUGUCUCAUGUCCAUAGCGGCUCUAUACGGGGAAAACUUUCUUUUGCUCCAGUAUUUCCCCCACAUAAGCGAACUCAUUGGUUUGUGCUCCAAACGAAUCACUGGCAGCCUUGAGGGAGCCAUAAUCAGUUCUCUACAGCUGCUGAAGUACAUGGUUCCAUGCCUAACCGAUGCCAGCAUCAUGGAGCACCUUCAGCACGUACUGCUGGAUGCCAUCCUUUUGCCCAUUCUGCGCCUGUUGAGCUCCACAAACCUUCUUAUGCCCAGUGGUUACUUGGGACGCUCGUUAUUGGCUCGGAAGUUCUUAGAUGCGAUUUAUGCUUUAAGUGUUCGCUUGGGAUCGGAUAUGACGCGCGAGCACCUUUGUCAGACCCUGCUCAGCCCUUUUUUUCUGAUCUUUAAUAAGGCCUUUGGAUUGCCGAAUGACUUUGCCUGUGAUUUGGCUAACCUUUCCCUGGUUGGAGGUGAAUCACACCAGGAGCGUGCCCUGGAGGAGUUAAGAGAUGUGUUUGGCCCGGAGCUGGCGCACACCGCUUACCUAACUUUCCUACGAUUCCUGGGCGAGGCCAACAUGAAAAGAACCCUGAGCAACCUGGAAUUUGUUCUGACCUUGUGUCAUGAGCACGAGCAACCAAGUGACACUGGGAAGAGCAAAACUCAUCUGUCAACCAGUGUGAGUUCUGGACAAGAUGUAGAUUCCGUAGACGCCAGUUGCGAACUGGCCGCCAACAGUUUUGGCACCCAGAUUGUGGGAAAUCGCCUGCAAGUGGCCAGAAACAAUGUGGAACUCCUCGAUAUGGUUGCAUAUAAGCUUGACCAGAUGCCCAAAACGCGGCACUUGAAGGGCAACUGGUUGGCCUACUGGCGCAACGAAACGACGCGCAGUGAGAAGGACAAUCAGACCCUAAAUCUCAAGCAAAUUCGGCUGCAGUCCUUCGUGGGUCACACAAACUCCGUGAGAGCUAUAUAUGCUCUGGACAAUGAAAACAGCUUUAUUUCCGCCUCCAAAGACAAGACAGUCAAGCUGUGGUCACUGCGCAGCGAAGGAGAUGGACGCAAGACCUCCGCCUGUCAGUUUACUUACGUGGCACACAAAAAGUCGAUUAACUCUCUUGGCUUCUUGGAAUCAUUGCGUUAUGUGGUGUCCUGCGACUCGGGCAUUCAUCUCUGGGAUCCGUUUAUCGGAAGACCUCUUGGCAUUCUAGAUGCACCUCGCCAUAGUGCCGUGACAGUGGUCAAAUGCCUACCCUCUCACUCCCCACUGGUAAUUGCCGGAACAGCGGAGUCCACUGUCAAAAUGGUCGAUGCCCGGAUUUGUGAGUACGUGAAUGAGUGGCGGGUGUGCAAUUCUGCGCUGCCCAAUGCGACUGUUCGCUGUCUGGCUGUGGCUCCAUCUGGAAACUGGCUGGCAGCAGGACUCUCGUCCGGGUGUAUUGUCCAGUUGGACACGCGCACGGGCAUGGUGAUUAAUUCUUGGCGGCCCAUGGAAUGCGAUCUGCUGCAGCUGGCGGCACCGAGUGAUCAGUUCCUGGUGAGCUCCGCACUGGAUCAUAGCCUGGCCGUUUGGCAUGCUCUAGAUGGAAUCAUGCACUACCAGCUCAAGCCUCCACCAGAACCCGCCCACUUCCUGCAGAGUGUUGGCUCUUCCUUGGUCUACGCGACCACCGGAAACCGUGUGGGCGUUUACGCGGAUGUGGCCCAUUCCCACGCCUUCAGCACGAUCACCAAACUUCGCUCGGAGACAUUCCGCGGUGUGCUCACCUCCCUGGCUGUGUUGCCCCUGAAUCGAGCCUUCCUCGCUGGCAACGAGAGUGGAAACAUUGCCCUGCUUUGCUAGAAUGCUAGGGCUGAUGCUUGUACCAUUAUUUGAUAUUAUACUCUAGUUUAUUUAAUAUACAAUGGCACCAAAUAUUAUUUUAACGCCGCUGACACAGGUUGGACGUCGCUAGAAAACCAAGCCCGCCCAGCCCAAUGAACUUAUUUAUUGAGGUAGUGUUUGCAAUGCUACACAUUUAUUACGACCGCACAACUAGCCCCGUCGGAGAGUGGAGCAUUUAUAGCGACGUUCUUUAAACUUAAUGAAAUUAGUCUUAUACUCGAAACUAUUAUAAUACAGUCUAAAAUCAUUCCAGGUCCACAACUCAUAUAUAUUUAUGUCUGUAUAAUAGAAAGCAAAUUUGUAUUUACAAGUAUCUACCUAAGCUGGAAAGAGGUAACAUAUUUAUAUAGAAAUAUACGAACACAAUAAAUAA